UAUGCAGAUAGUGGACAUCAAACCAAUCGGAAUCCGAUCCAAUCCAUCAUCUAGCAAACUAUGUGCUUGAAAGCAUAGCUUAACAAAUGUUUAAGCAACAGCAAACAGAGCAAUCUCGAAUAAAUUCAAAAUUAAAGCGGCAAAUGACCGCGCAUUUCGGUAUUGAUUAUUCUGGGGCAUGCCUAUGAGUAAUUCAGAAAGCGGCAUAAUACGUAUCGCGUAUGGUGUGGGUCAUUAGUAAAUUUUAAACUGCAUCAAUAACAAAUGGAGGAUUUGUUAUUAAAUUUGAUAAAGGAAGCAACUGGACCAAAACUUUCGUCAUUAAGGCAGAGCGCACAAGAAGCCCAUGAUUUAUUAUGCUCUCAAAAUAAUUUACUAAGGAAUUCUUCCCAUGAAUUAAGAACUUCGACUUUUACACCGUUAAAGUUGGCUUUGGACACCAAAAAAAGUAAACUAGUCACCUUGGCCCUCUCAGGCUUGAACAAAAUCGUACGGGAUGAAAGAUUUCAAGCAGGAUCCGAGCCAGAGGAUGACUCCUUGUGGCUACCGGCGCAGCUGCUCCAUGCGACCUCCUCGAUGCUAUCGCAGUGCGAAGAUACGCAGGUACACAUUUUAAGGGUGGUCUUAAAUCUAGCCUGCAGCGCCAGUUGGACCUUAAAUGGCCGAUUGGUAAUGUUGCUAAUUAGCAGAUGCGGCGAAGCUUAUGAAACCGGCACGCAGCCGAUCAGAGCGGCAGCACAGGCGGCUGCAAGUCAAACACUAACGGCUUUUUGCACAUUUUUGGACGAAGAGCAUCAUGAGAUACUACAGCAGCAGCAAAAACACAAAAAUUCGGGCACAACCGCUGAAAUGGUUUAUAACAAAACUUCCGCUGUCGCUUGCUUCAAUGAGGCCAUUCCCGUUAUGCAAUACAUUUGUAGUAGACUUGAAGAAACCAAAACGUUUACCAAAUCAAGCGAUAUCACUGUGUUUCUUUUGGAGUGCUUGUUGACGUUAGUGAAUACUUUACCGAAUACAGUCCAUUCCAACGCGCAUUUUGCCACCUUCUUAUGGCAAAAAUUCUGCCCGGCCCUUUUGGCAUUGUUAGGCACACCGGGUGAUCCGGAGCGACAAGGGCUGACAACGCACCAGUCAAAAAUCGUUUACAGCAUUGGAAUUCAAGUGGUACGCUUGGUAGGGAGAGAGCGUGCCUUGCGACCGGUCCUUGAGGCGUUAUUCCAUAGAAUGUUGCUUUUGCCGUGCCCGGGUAAAAGACUGGAGCCGCUGCGCGUCGCGAAGGAACUGUUGAGAUCUCCUGCUCGUUUGGCCGAUUUGCUCUUGCUGAGUGGACCCUUGCAUCGGCAUGCCGGCGACGACAUGGCGAUCAUUCGUUUAAUUGUAGAUUCCAUCGAGGAAUCCUCCCAAUGCAACGAUCCCAGUAUCAUACUUGCAAGCGUCGAAUGUGUUGGAGCACUUCUAGGUUCAUUGGAGGCGUUAUGCAAUGGGGAAGGCCUCGACCAAGAAGGUUCCGAAAUUGCAAACGUCCGCUAUCCGACAUUAGAGCAAGCCGAUUACACAGGGCCGCUUACUUACCAGUCUUUAGCCAGGUUACCCAAACCGUACAGAGAUGUAGUCGCCAAUUUGAGGUACCAAAGCGAUUCUGAUAGCAGCGGCAUCGACGGUGGCGGACAGAAUGUUGAAGGUGAAUCCGAUUCGGAAUGCUCAGGAGCGACCGAAGGCCCCGAAGAGUUUGUUGAACCCGACCCAUCGGAUGAUAGCAUUAUGGACGAUGAAAGCUUUUUAACAAGCCAACAACUGCAGCAGUUACACAAUUUGCCAAAGUCGUUGCAAUUGGGACGCACGGGCAUCGAUGAAUGCAACGUCGAUUUAGAACGCCACAACGCGCGCCACUUUGUAAAAACCCUGCACAAUAUUUUAUUGCCCAACUUGCUUACGCUCAGAUCUUCCAUACAGAUUGACGAAUACCUCCAAGAGUUUGCCUCAAAGUGUUGCCAACACAAUGCCGCCCAAAACUACGAAAUCACUACUAUAAUGAACGCCGACGGUAUUUAUUUAGCCACGUACUCCGCCCUUUUGCUCAAUUUAAAGCUAAUCCAAUCGUCACACUAUGAAGGAGGUACUUCAGAGGUGUGCAUUACAGAAGCUCAAUUUGUAGAGGAAAUACAUGGUAGCGGGAUAUUGGUUUACGUCUCGGCUACUUGGUUGUGUGAAUUGUACCAAAACGUCUUGGCCAAGUCGCUGUUGCAGUUAGCCGGAUAUGAUCCUAAAGGGUUGCAACAACCGGCCCUAAUCAAUUUGUUAGUUGACGUCGGAGGUCUUUGUCCCACGCAGCUACUGACCGAUUGGCAAAAAUUACAAAGAGUUCGGGGAGUACCCGAUAUCAGUGCAGAAGUGGAAGCGGGCAUUAAGCUGUCGCGCCGAGUGUUAACUUGCUGCUGGACGUCGGUGGUGUCGGUCUUGGGUUUGGCGUUAGGUGAAAAAUCUUUGAGUAGCGGAGGCGCUUCUGCACUUAGUAGGCUAGUGGCACGAAGAUCAAAGCAGAAAUUUCGGCAACGAAUUAAAGACGAUGUAAUCACUGCAUGUCUGGAAGGAUUGCAUAAGGCAGCGAGUUUGAGCAACACUCUGAAACUGCAAGCCAGAAGUAGUAGCAUUUUGGGGUUGCUGUCUGCGUCUUCUUGCAAGAUUCAGGGACCCAAACUUCCAGCUUCACACGCCCUUUCUUUAGAUGUUAUUUUGUCAAAAGGUUUGUCCCUUGGAUCCCACAGCGCCGCUUGCUGGCCGCACGUAUUCAAUGCGUGUAUUGCCAUAUCAAGUCUUGAACAUGCGCUCUUCAGCAAAGCAGGUUCAACACAGCUGCUGAUGGUCGCUCAGAACCAAAACAACGCCGUUACAUCGACAACUGCAGUCAACACGUCUGAUCGACUAAGUUUAAGCUUCAAUUCGAGCAGCGACGAUGAAACUUGUGUGGACGUUUACAGUUUUUUGCAAAAUUCGUCUUACUCCUCAAAUUCCAAUUCUCACGACGGGAACAUUGCCGAAAUUGUCGAAAGAAGCGGUGUCCACAACGGACAAGGACAAGGUAUCCUGACAGGUGUAUAUGCCGCGAAAGUCUGUUGCGUUCUGUCAGUGAGAGUGGAUGAAUUAUUCCACUCGGCCGCUCUCAGAUUGCCUUUGCCUGGUUUUUGCAGUUUUCUAACGGAACUGUGUAAAGCAUCAUAUGCUCAGCUUUUUGCCAAAACCGAUGAGUUGCCCAGCACUAAGAAAUGGUGGAAAAAGGAAUUGGAGGCAAGACAAAAACCACCAGCUACAUUACUCCUACACAGAAUUGGAGAAGUUACAUUAAAAUGCAUACGAUCUGGUAGACCCUUAAUUCACACCAUGAAAGUGUGGUCAAUCGUCGGUCCACACUUCAUGCAGGCGGCAUGUCACAAGGACCCCAGCGUAUCAAAAAAAGCAAUUACGUGUAUACACGACUCUGUAACCGCUUUACUCAAUGAGCAGACGGAAUUACCGCACUUCCACUUUAACGAGGCCCUAUUUAAGCCAUUCGAAAAUCUGCUUUGCCUAGAAAUGUGCGACGCGGACGUUCAGGACCAAAUCGUUUCCUGCCUGUGCGAAUUUGUGGAAGGCAAUCGAAUCGAAAUUUGUUCGGGGUGGCGUCCUCUGUUUGGUACUUUACGUGUUGCUAACGGCAGAAACAAUUCGGCAGCUAUCCUGGAGGUUUUUAAGGUGUUCCUAUCCACGGACAACACCUUGGUGUUUGCAAACGCCGCUCUCGACUACAUCAUGUGCCUACUUUCGCAUAUCAGACACGCAGAGGGAGAAAAGUUCUCUGAAUGCAUAUCAAAUGUAAGUGAUAAGAAUGUACAAAAGAACAUAUUUUUGGACACUGUGGAUGAAAGGAAGAAAAAAGAAGGGUCACGUGAAAUUUUAUGCGAGCAAGUUAAUUUAUGCUUGGAGUCCCUUAAGCUAUUAGAAAAUUGCGCGACCAUUCUCUCAAUGAUGUACUACAUGCCGAAAUGCCCCACCUUCAACCUGAAUCACAGAGUGAAGACGGACACGUCCCCACAGCUCGUCGAUUCUGCUAUACCCAACCCAGAAGUUGUAAGUCUUCCCACUUAUUUCGAACAAGGCGACAACAUGUCGUACGAGAUACUCUCACCCAAAAUCGACCUAGACAACUGCAUGCGAAAUAACAUGAUGCUACCCCAAAUGGACAAGCCUAGCGGCGUAGUGAAAAUAUGGUUCGCGUUACUAGAAGGUUUGGCAACAACGGCCGUACUUGCCGAAGAGAGGAACCAGCCUUACGUCCUGGAAACCCUGUUCAAGCUGCUGAGAGAUUUAAUCGUAAAUCCGGGAAUAAAUUUCGGCUUAUAUUGUAUUAAUCACCUACUUUUGCCUAUGGUUCAAAGUUGGUUGAGGCAAAAUAUGAAAAUCCCAAAAGUGGGCGACAAUGGGCAACAUUUUAAGCACUAUUGCGGUAUGGCCACUGAGUUAGUCGUUGAAUACCUUCACACGUUGCAAGAGGGAGAGGAAGAUGACAACAAACCUAACAACGUUGAAAAUCCAGGUGCAUCACUCGCAUUGAAGCAGUUGCUUUUAAUUUUGAAUGAAUGCGUAGCCCAACCACUGGAGAGUAUAGCUAGACUGGGCGCAUCAUGCAUGAGGCAUCUAAUAAUAAACGUAGGACAAAUCCUUACCACGAAUCAGUGGGAGAUAUUGAUAACAGCUAUCCAUAGAUCAUGCGCAAUUAGUCUAAAUCCGCUUCAACAGAUUACAUCCGCUUUUAAACCAAACUCGGAUAGCUUUUAUGGAGAUUUAGCAACGGUGAAGGUUGCAGCUCGACGUGACAGUACUCCCGAAGAGAACGAACGCUUAUACGAACUUGCUCAACAAGUCCUACUAAUGCAUUCCCAAAAGAACUGCAACAAGUGUUUCGGCAAACAGUGCGACUGUGAGAAACUCUCCACUAACAUUACCGUUGACGAUCGCAGCUACGUUUUUUUGCUCUUCCCACUAGAGGCAGCCAGCUCGUUCAACCCCGAUCUGUUUACCAUUCGAGUACCGUUCCGGAACUUAGUUCUGGGAAUUUUGGCGCAUCAAAUGCUCAUUCAGACCAUUUCCAGCGCGUUACUGCAAAAUUUAAAUCACGUAACUCCAAUUUUAAAGAUUCUACAAAUUAACUCCUGCAGCUUGCGCGGAAUACUAACGCAUGUGAACGCAAAACAUGUUAAUAUACUCUUAAGAUGUCUCGAGAUGUCCAACGAGCGCGCCAAGGAGUUUGAUAGCAGGCCUGGUUUGAAAUUCUUAAUGCAGAAAGUGGGUAAUUUGAGUAAAUCUGCUAAUCUGUACACGCAAGCCAACACCUCGGAGGUGGUUGAAAUAAUCGUUUUGAUCGAGCUCUGUUUGGACGGAAUAGAUAAAUAUUCGAUAACUCCUAAUCAGCUUAAAGAAAUUUUGAGCAGGGAAGACAAGGAGAAAUGCUGUAAUGAUGUUGACUACGUCGAACAGUUUUUGCGUAAGUUGCAGGCCAAAUGGGAAUUUAUGUGCGACUCGUAUGUCAACCUUUCAAUUAACAUACCGAAUGCCAAAGAGGAAUAUGCUGAACAGUUUCAUCCCAGUGAGCAAGUGAAGGUGAUCGAACUUAAACGGAGCGAGAGUUUCUGUUCGUCCGACUCGGAGAGUUACCUUGAUAAAAACUUUUUACCAAAUUUAAACAAUGAAGAAAUUCUUCACGAUACCAAGCGAAAGGAGAAGGAAAGGGACAGAGAUAGCAGCAACGGAACUGAUGACGAGGCGAGCGAGGAUAACUCCCAAGUCCACUACAAGGUGAAGUAUGACACUAACACGCUUAUACAGAUUCAGUCGUCGACCUCGUCCGAAAGCCUAAAUCAGAAGUUAAUGAGAACAAACAAGGAAAUUGAGGAGAAAGUGGGUGCCUUAAUGGAACAAUACAGAAAACACAAAACGAGCCACGUCUUGGAGCCGAAUCUUUCCAAAAUUCAUCCCAACCUUAUUCCGCCCCCGCAGCCGAUACCUCCCGAAAUUCAGCAGCAAAGGGCCAUAAGCAUUUUUAAGGAUUCGGAAGCCUAUAAAAGUGCGAGAAUUGAAACCGUUGAGGCGUGCAUGGAAUUGUUAAGUAGCCUAUCAUCAGAAAAACUAUCACCUUUAGCGACAAUACUAAAGGAAGGUGCUGUGAUGCUGGUUGGGGCCCAAGAUGAAAAAGUUAAACUUUCUGCAGAGAAACUCCUACACAGAAUGAACAUCUCGUAUGUGGAAGAUGACAAUAUUGACGUUUAAAUUUUCAGUUUCCUAGUUUUUUGUUCAAAUUGUGCGUAAUUGAUCAAUGUUUACUUUUCUCUGACCAUGUGUAAAAGCGGACGAGAUUUCCAGGGGGAGGUUGUUUACGUAUUAAUUUGAGGGUUUCCAUUGUUUUAAUUUGUUCGUUUUCUGACAAGUGGUAAUACGUUUCUUUAGACUAGAACGAAUUAGUAGUUACUGAUGGUGCCUCCAGAAAUCGAAACUAAAGAAACAUUUUGAAAGAACCAUUGAUGAUAAACCUGAAGUCCAAUUUUCGUGGAUCAAACUGUGAUAUUUGGAAUGUGUGUGGCAAGAGUAUAGAAUGUCCCAAUUAUUGAUGAACUUGAACGAUUUGUUAACUUUCUCAAUUACGCAAAAUUUGAACUUUUUCCUGUAAGCUAUUUUCUGUGACGAUUUUUAAAUGUGAAAACUAGGCAUAGAGUAUAAUGUACGAUAUGUAUUUUGUGAUUCGAUGUACAAAAAUAUGCUAUCACUAUAUUAUUAUACAAGAAAGAAAAGCAAA